UUCUAGCCCCAUUUAACAUAAACAGUACAUUAUUAAGAUGAAUGUAGACUUUUAGAAGCUCAGUGUAAAUACCACCUUCAGUGCUUAUUUCUUUGAUUGAUUACAGGGGAAAUGUAGGAUUCCUAAGGAAAAACGAAAAAGGAUUUUGCAGCUAAAUAUAGGUUAUUACAGUUCAAGUUACAAUUAGUUUUUUUGUAGACAUACUGUAUUUUUUUAUAACAUGAAUCUCUUCACAGUUGACAUCACUGCAUCCCUUUAAUUUUGAAAUACAGGUUGAGCAUUCCUAAUCUGAAAAUGCGAAAUUCAAAAUAUUCCAAAACCUGAAACUUUUUGAGUGCCAGCAUGAUGCAACAAGUAGAAAAUUCCACACUUGACCUCAUGUGACAGUUUACAGUUAAGAUACAAGUAUACAACAGGCAGUUUAUUCAGUGUCUCCGAGGGAGGAAGGACCCACCAAGUCACCUUUAGCUGCAAAAUAUCUUUUCUGCACAUGCCCAGAUUCUCCCACAGAAGCACACCCUCAAAGAGUAAUCGGAUGGCAUGUGUGAAGGCCCAGCAUGUCAAGGUCAGGUUCCUCAAGAUGCCCCACAUGCGGCCACUGCCUGUGGACGUCCCUCACUGAUUUUUUGCUUAUUCUUUUCUCUGUGGUAUAAAGAUAUUGCUGAAAAUGUCAAACAGAGCUACAGAUGUCCAUGUGGGCAGCAGAGAUAGGAAAAAGAGAAAACACCUAUGUUUAUCUAUAGCACAGAAAGUCAAGCUGUUAGAAAAGCUGGACAGUGGUAUAAGUGUGAAACGACUUACUGAAGAGUAUGGUGUUGGAAUGACCACCAUAUAUGACCUGAAGAAACAGAAGGAUAAACUGUUGAAGUUUUAUGCUGAAGGUGAUGAACCAAAGUUAAUGAAAAAUAGGAAAACACUGCAUAAAGCUAAAAAUGAAGAUCUUGAUCAUGUAUUGAAAGAGUGGAUCUGUUAGCAUUGCAGUGACCACAUGCCACAAAAUGGUAUGCUGAUCAUGAAACAAGCAAAGAUCUAUCAUGAUGAAUUGAAAAUUGAAGUAUUUUCAAUUCAUGAUGAAUUGAAAAUUGAAGUAUACUGGAGUAUUCAAUAGGCUGGCUACAAAAAUUUAAGAAAAGACAUGGCAUUAAAUUUUUAAAGAUUCAUGAUAGUAGAGCAUCUGUUGAUCACAAAGCAACAGAGAAAUUCAUUGAAAAAAUGGAUACUGAAAAAGUUUUUAAUACCAAGAAUCAGGCUCCAGUUGUUCAUUCAUUGGCCAGUAGUGAAAUAGCCAAAAUAAUUGUGAAUCAAGCUGAACGAGGUAAUAGUCAUUAUGAGGAUGAUGUCAGCACUGUAGAAAAAGUGCCAAUUGAUGACAAAAAAAGUGAAAUUGUGUGAUGAGCUUAUUGAAGGAUUUCAGCAGCAGGCAUUCAUAAUGGAACAAGAAGUCAUGUCACUUUAUAAAAUCAAAGAGAGACUUCUAAGACAAAAACUGUUGCUAAUAAGGAAGAUGACACUGGAGGAAACAUACAAAAAAGACACUCAGCAAAAUGUUUCCUCAUCCCUUGAGGACCCACUUCCUGUUUCUUCUCACGUAAUACAGUAAAAGAAAAUAGUGUACAGUGGCCAUUUAAAUACAACACUACAGGUGUUAAUGGAAAACUGCUGCUGUCUAACAGCUGAUACAGGAAUUGUGGAGAUGCUGUUCUGCUACCUGCUCACCCUGAACACAUUAUUCUUUUUCUUGUAUUAAUGAGGAUCUCCAGUCUUGACCGUCACGUUUGGAUGUCCGUUUCCAGGCCUCCAGGGCACACUCUUCAGUUUCCUCAUAUUGUAUUACACAGGACUCUGCAGUGAGCUCCAAGUCUUCAACCUCCGACUGGAUCCUCCAGCUCUCCAGCACAUAAGUGGCCCUUUUACGUUCUUCCACACCUAACUCUGCAGGCAGCCAUUGUACUAAAUCAUCAUUAGUCAAGAUGUCUUCAGCACCUGAGCCUCCAACAGUUAAACAAGAACCACCCAAAGAAAAAGACUUUCGAAACCCAGGACUGAGAGGGAUGCGCACAACGACUUUAUUUCGAGCUAUAAAUCCAGAGCUCUUCAUUAAACCUGCAAUGGCAGAUAAAACCAAGACAGAGGUGUUUCAAAACAUGGGUGAGGAAAUGAAGAGAGAAAACCUGGCUGCCGAACAGCGCAUGGUGCAUCGAAUCCAAAGGAUCAUGGUGGAGUGCCACAGAGAGAAGGUGGAGGCCGUGCAGAAGGCCAGGGAGGAAGAGCGCCAGAUUGCCCGGCUGGCUCUCCAGGUUGAGAAAAGAAUGCCUCUCACUCAAGCCGAAAGCGUUAUAAAGAAUAUCAUUCGAGAAAUAGCACAAGAGUGUGCGGCCCAUGGGGAGAUUGUCUCUGAAACUCUGGUUGCUUUUAUGGUGAAAGCUGUUGUUCUAGAUCCAAGCAAUGGCUUUAACAUAGACAGAACCCUCAUGAAAAGUGAUGUGCAGAAACUCGUUAAGCUUUGUGUGACUCGGCUACUGGAUACUAAAAAUCCAUCCCUGGACACCAUUAAGAUGCAAGUUUACUUUGAUAUGAAUUACACAAGUCGAGAGGACUUUCUUGAAGAACAUCACCGAGUCCUAGAGUCCAGAUUAAGCUCUGUUAGCAGAGAAAUUACGGACAACAGAGCAAGUGCUAGAGAAGAGCUGGAAAGUCUCUACCGAAAGAUUGUCAGCUAUGUGUUACUACGCUCCGGGCUUGGAUCCCCUACAGACCUCAAGAUCGUCAGAGAGGCAACAGCUGCCUUACAGAGUGUUUUUCCUCAGGCUGAGCUUGGGACAUUUCUAACUCUUUCUAAAAAGGACAAAGAACGCCAGCUGAAAGAGCUCACCAUGAUUGUUACUGGAAUUCGCUUAUUUAACAGAGAUUGUGGAAAAGGAGGCGAAGGCAUUGAUGAUUUGCCAGCUAUUCUCCAUGAAGCCAUCCCAGCCACCACUCAGUAUAUUGACUCCCAACUUCAGAAUGCCCAGGAGCAGGUGUAUCAUUACACAGCCAUCCUUGAGAAAGUGACGAAGAACCCACUCAUGGGUCAAGAACUUCAGCAGUAUAUGAUAAAAGAAGCACUCUAUAAUAUGCGACAGUAUGAGAUCUUCCUGCAGAUCAUCUUGUCAGAUGUGAUUACCUGUGCUCAAGAAGUGGAAAUGAUGACGAAGCAGUUAGCAGCCGAGCUGGAACAAUUAAAAAUGACUAUAAAGUCUAAGACAGCUGUCCCGACAUCACAAGUGUUUCCCAUCUUCAUGGCACUGGCCAAUCUGUGGACCAGCUUUCAGGAUGAAACUGUUUCGAUUAGCAUCCUCAGUAAUUUGACCACUCAUCUGGAGCCAUUCCUGGGUGCUCAUGAUGUUCUCUUUCCUGAGAAAGUAAUGCAAGCUCUUCUCCAUGAUGUGACUGUGAAAACAGACGCGAGUAGAAUAAAAGAGCACAUGGACCACAGAGUCUGUUUGUCGGAUUUCAAAAAACUUGAGUGGUUUUUCCCAGAAACAACAGCAAAUUUUGAUAAACUGUUAAUUCAGUAUCGGGGAUUUUGUGGUUAUACAUUGGCUACAACUGAUGGUCUUCUCCUUCCAGGAAAUCCAUCAAUUGGCAUUUUGAAAUAUAAAGAAAAGUAUUACAAUUUCAAUACCAGAGAUGCUGCGUAUUUAUUUGCAGAAAAUCCUGAAAAGUAUAUCGAUUUAAUUAAAGAAAUGGCCAAAAAACAUGCAGAGUUAAUUCAGCUUCUGGAGCUUCAUCAACAGUUUGAAACACUGAUUCCCUAUUCUCAGAUGAGAGAUGUCGAUAAACAUUACAUAAAACCAAUUACCAAGUGUGAAAACAGCACCCAGACAGACACACACAUACUGCAACCAACCAUUGUGCGAGCGUAUGAGUGGAAUGAAUGGGAGCUCAGAAGAAAAGCUAUAAAACUGGCCAAUUUACGUCAGAAAAUUACUCACUCAGUACAGACUGAUCUCAGUCACAUGAGAAGAGAAAAUUGCUCACAGGUUUACCUCUCCAAAAAUGUUGGCACCCAGUCCAUGACAGAAGGUGGCUCGCAAGUGCCCAAGCCCCAGAUUUAUAUCGCUGGUCUUCGUGGUGGACAAACCAAAAAAACCGAGGGGGUCAGGGUGAACCUAACUAGAGCUGUUGAUGAAACUUAGAGACAACAUCUUCAAAGGUGUUCCUCAGUUUUGAACAAUGACAAAUACUGAAAAGUAUUUUAUAUCCAUGAAAAUUGAUGUUAUGGGGGUGCCACAUUUGCUGAUUGUGUGAGUGUUUAUUGGAUUCUCAUAUUCUUUCAAACUGCUGCAACAGCUGAAAGUUACGUUCUGUAACACAAUUUUCAUUCUAUUAAAAUCGGAAAAGAAAA